AUGGCGAAAGAGCAGCGCCAGCCGGCAUGGCCGGACCUGCCGGAGGAUCUCCUGCUCCUGGUCCUCCGCCGCCUGGCGUCCUUCGUAGAUCGCGUCCGAGCAGGCGCAGUCUGCAGGCCGUGGCGCUCCGCCGCCAGCCAGCUCCCACCGACGCGGCUCCCCUGGGUUGUGUUCGGCGACGGCACCCUCUUCGACCUGGCCAACGACAGCACGCCGCACCCGCACUACCGCCUGCGUCUCCCCGAUGACUGCUGGCGCUACACCGCCGGCGAGAACAUGCUGUUUCUCGUGCACCAGCGCGAUGGCAGCUGCUCCAUCAUGAACUCUCUCUCCGGUGCCACUACCCAUCUUCCCGAGCUAGCUGAUCUCUUGCGGAAUUACAACAUCCCGCACCGAAAGCGAAACGAGCUCCGGCGCAUCCCCCACUCCCAGGACCAAAACGAGCCAAUGAAAGCCAUAGCAAAGGUGGUGGUGUCCUCGGCCUCGGCGUCGGACGACCCCAUCGUCGCCGUCCUGCUCGAACACGAUAUCAUCGUUUCUACUUGCCGACCGGCCGGCGAGGGCAACGCGUGCCUCCUGGCGAUGCUGAGGAACGACGACGUCAUCGACAUUGUCCUGUUCCAAGGGAAAAUCUACGCCCUCUCCAUGGGCCAUGUCCUCGAGGCCCUCGAGCUCAACAAUGGACACCAAGGCUACGAGCUCAAGUACAGUACCGAAUUGAUAAAGCACCCAUGGCAACAACACCACCAAGAUUACCAAGACGUUAUCCUUGAUCCCUUGGUCGAGAUGUAUCUGGUCGAGUCUGGUGGCAAGCUGCUGAUGGUGAAGCGAUGGGUCCGCCGCCCAUUUACGCCCUGCACCCCGGAUGGUAGAAGAACUUUCCGGUUGGAGGUGUGGGAGGCAGACCUGAGCCAACGCCGGUGGAACAAGUUGGACGCCAGCCUACAAGGCCAGGCGCUCUUUGUUAGCAGGCCGUGCUCCAAGUCUUUGCCAGCUGGUCAUGGAGUUCGAGAAGACUGUAUCUACUUUCUGAACAGACUCCACGAGUGGAAGCAGCUGGAGGUACCUCUCGGCGACUCUGGCGUAUACAGCAUUAGAGACAAGGCGUUCACCCCGUUGCUGCGUGACUGGACGCUAUCGCUACCGUGGAAGAGCGGGCGGUUUCCAUCAUGGUUUUUUCCUGUCCAAGUUUAA